AAUUCUGUGACGCAAUCAUUUAACAUCACGUGGUGUUUCACCAACCCGGAAACACCCGCGAGUGUUUGACCAUAGUAAUCCCGCCAAGGCUUUUUCACCUUAAUUUGGCAUGGAUUGCACAUUUAACUCAUUCAGGUGUUGCUGAGGCCAUGGAGUCGGAGAGGACCGAGGGCUCUCUGUCCGCCCAAGCGGACGCCUUCAACUCCAUCCGGGAGCGCACCAUCGCAGAGAACAGCAUGGUGGUGCUGCUGCAGGGCCUGCGGGGGCAGGUGACCACGGUGGACCUGAAGAACGAGAGCACAGCGCGGGGCCGGGUGGUUAACGUGGACGCCUUCAUGAACGUACGCCUGGAGGAGGUGCUUUACCGUGACCGGAAGGGGACCCCCACUCGGCUGCAGGACCUCUUCAUCACCGGGAGAAAUAUCCGCUACGUUCACAUCCCAGACCACGUGGACAUAAUGAAGACAAUACAGGGUCAACUGGCAAAGAUCCACCGUGUGCGCAACUUUGGAAAAGAGGGCGGAGGAAGGAAGGAGUUUGCCAAGAAGAAAAAUUAACAGAAACCAAGCUUUUUUUUUUUUUUAUUCAUGGCUUCCACUUAAAUAUUUUAAGUUUGAAAAUAAAGCUUAAUUGACAUUGAA